AGAAAGAUCCUACAGCAGACGCCACAUGACAAUGCACAGCUUAUAACUGGGCGAUCUUUUCACGGUACAACCAUUGGGCUGGCCCCACUUCAGGCGAUGUGCUCUUCCUAUCAGUCUGGAGGUGUAAACAUGGAUCAUUCGGGACAAUGCUAUUGGAGUUGCAGCCACAAUGGCACAUGAAAUGGGACACAAUUUUGGCAUGAACCACGAUGCUGCAGGCUGUUGUACAGCCAAACCUGAAGAAGGAGGCUGCAUCAUGGCAGCUGCUACUGGACACCCUUUCCCCAAAGUGUUCAAUGAGUGUAAUAAGCGAGAGCUGGAACGCUUUCUGCGCUCUGGAGGGGGAAUGUGCCUCAGCAAUACCCCAGACACAAAGACCCUUUAUGGAGGAGCACGUUGUGGAAAUGGCUUCUUAGAAGAAGGGGAACAAUGUGACUGUGGGGAUGUAGAGCAAUGUGACAAUCCAUGCUGCAAUGCUACAACCUGUACCCUGCUGCAAGGGGCAGAGUGUGCCCAUGGGACCUGCUGUCAUCAGUGCAGACUCAGGCCACCUGGGUUCCCGUGUCGGAAGACAUCCAGAGCUUGUGACCUGCCAGAGUUUUGUACCGGACAUUCUCCUGUGUGUCCUCCCAACUCUUUCCAGCUGGAUGGAACUUCCUGCCAAGAAGGAGAAGCUUUCUGCUACAACGGGAGGUGCCUGACCCACCAACAACAGUGCCGGCAGCUUUGGGGAACUGGAGCAAGCAUUGCACCGGAUGUUUGUUUUGAGAAGAUUAAUGCAGCUGGUGACCAAUAUGGCAACUGUGGACGAGAUCUGAAUGGUGAAUAUCGAAAGUGUGAAGUGGGGCAUUUCAAGUGUGGGAAGAUCCAGUGCCUAAGCUCCUCCUCCAGACCCAUAGAGAACAACGCCGUGGCCAUAGACACCACCAUCACAGUACAGGGGAGACGUGUGCUCUGCAAGGGGACCCAUGUUUACAGAGUCACUGAGGAAGAAGAUAUGAUGGAUCCCGGCCUGGUCCUUUCUGGAACUAAAUGUGGAGAGAACCAGGUCAGGUCUUCAUUUCAAAAGCUUUCUUCAUGCAAAUAUUUGAAAUACAUCUCAUGUUGUGUCCAUUGCAGUGGAUCAGAGGUUUGCAAUAAUAACCAAAACUGUCACUGUGCUCCUGGAUGGAAACCUCCGUAUUGUAACCAGACAGGAAAUGGUGGCAGCAUAGACAGUGGACCAAUACCUACAGAAGGUGAGUGUUCUGUUUUCUAUCUGGAUGGCAGAGGGUACUGUUCCUAG